AUGCCGUUGAACCCGGAAUGCGGGACAGGAUUGAUUGAAAAGUUAGAAAUUGCUGCCUCCACAGAAAGAGAACCCCCUAGCUCCUUACACGUUUCGGCCCCUCAUGCCAUGUUUAUGCCAUCCAUGGGCCUGCCUCAUAACAUCCCGUGCCUGAGACACAAUUGUGAAACGCCACCUACGAGUGCGAGAAAGGGCCAGUCGGGAGCUCGCUUGUUGUUUUACCUACGUAGCCCUCUGUACGCUCCCUAUUGUACAUUUUUGGCCCGACCU